CAGUGGGGGAGAAAAGGAGGGAGAGAACACAAGAGAAACAGUGAGCACUUUUAACAAACUAGCCUUAGCAAGUAGAGGUAGUGUGUGAGUGAGGUAAACAGAUACACAAAGAUUCCUGUGAGGUUCAGCUGUGUCCUCAGGGACAGAGUGAGGCAAAGCAGUUGGUAACGAACAGUCGCUGCUGUCAGAUUUCUGUCCAUGAAUAGUGUCUCUGAUUUGUGUCACUUGUUACAUAAAAUCACAAGUUAGCUGUGCUUAUUGAAUCUGGAAACAGCUAUUGAAUUUGGGAAGUUGAGCAAUAUUAUUUCUUGCCACAGUCUAAUCCAGUAAACAAGCUUUUUGCAAGACUUAAAUGGAUAUUUAAGCAUGUUUGAAGUAGAGCUGUAUGGGUUAAAUGUCACUAGUAAGUGUAUUAGCCACAGUGGAUGUCUAAUGUUGCUCAAUUGACACAUCACACACACUCAACACAGAUGUUUUAUACGCUGAUAGGGUUAUCUGAACCAAAGCUGCAUAAAGAUACAGUGUACAGAGAGGUGAAUGCAUUGUGAUAUCUAUCCAUCACAUGCUAGAACGAAACACUCUCCUGUUUACUCUUGUGUGAAACGACGGUGGCCUCUGAUAACAAGAAGCUCCUGUUGUUUGAUCCCUCAUUUGUCAAUUUUUUUUAACAUUUAAGAUUCUAACAAUGCAAAUCCAUUUGUACACAACAACCACUCUCUUCUUUUUCAUCCUCCAACCAGCGUUUUUCAAGCUCCACUCACUAAAUUCAAAUCUAGUUCAGUCCAAGCUUCUGAACAUACAGGAUGAAGGGGUCAAAAGUCAAUGGAAGUUAUGAAAUUCCUCCUUUGAUUGAAAAUGUAAACACCAUGUAUACAACACAUUGAUUUGCAUUAUACAAGCCGUACUCCAUUAUAAAAGACACAAAAUGUGUUGCUUCACACUUCACAACCUGUAAAGGACCCUCUGUGCCGAAAGGUAUUUGUUUGACACGCUCAAUUUUCUGCUAUUUAGACGUGAUGAAGCUGUCAGGUUUACCCAUUUUCAAAAGACAACUUGCACACAGCUGGUGCAUGAUGGCAUUAUUGUUAUUAUUAUUACUCUAAAAGGAGGCAGUUAUGGGCAUGAGGGCUCGAGUUUAAUAAUUAAGGUAUGUUUUUCUUGUUGUAGUGUCUGUGCUUUAAUAUGAAUAUCUAAUUCGCCACAUUAAAGCCAGCAGAAUUUAUGCUCCUCAUUAUAAGUAUUGUAGUAAUAUCCAUGGAGACAGUAAUGCAGAAGCUUCACCAUCUGGGAUGCUUGACCCUACAAACACAAACAUUUGAGUCAUUCAGUGAAAACUUAAAACUUAUGUUAAACCUCUUGGUAAAAAGAAGCAGAUAAAGAUGCUUAAGGGUUUUCUGCAUGACUCUAUUAUAUAAUAUUUGAUGCAUUACAAGUAAAAAAAUCACCAUUUUACUACUUCAUUAGAAAGGCUUUAUCUUGGCUGUUUCCAUUAACUACACAGAGACAAUACAACUGUAACUGAAAUACAGCUGGAAUUGUUAAUAACAGCUGACAGGCCAGUGUCAGUCGGAUUUAUUAGGAUGCAGAAAGUUACAAUAUUAAUCACCAAACAUCCAAUAAACAUGAUAUUAUUGAUCAAAAUAAUAUUUUCACUUUCUUUUGUACAGCUGAAUGUGUUUUUUCAACCCUGCAUCAACAUGUAAACUCAAAAAAACAGGGAACCAGCAAAGGAUCCCUGGGGAACCCCACAUAAUAUAAGAAAUAGUAACCUUUUGGUGGGAUAUAGUAGGAGCGUAAUAUAUCGAAAGCCAAAUCUUUAAAGGCAACACAAAACUACACAACAAUGGCUAAAAAUUGUUGUCUUCUCAACAACAUCCAUCAUCUAUCUGUGUUUAAAACUUUGGUUGGUCUAAUUUAAUGAAUAAUCUCCUUAAUUUUCAAUUCUUUGAAUUUCUCUAAAAAUAUGUCUUACUAAGCAGUGGAACUCUGCUAAAAAAAGGUUGUGUUAUGUGAUUUCCUUUUGUUUAAAUAAAGGUUUUGUAUGUGUAUAAAUAAAUUUCUGUUGGAAUAUAAAUGGAAAGGAACAGUUGCAACAAAUGGUUUUAUAAGUGAAUUUGUGGCUACUAUGGUAUUACAGUUCAUGAGCCAAUGCUGGGGCUAAUGUAAGAAUAGAGGCUUGUAGCAAGACAAACACCCUCGAGCCAACAACUAUCCCAGUUUACAACUGGCAGCUAAUCAACAAUGAUAUUCUCAGGCGAAUAUUGUAACCAAAUUGCUGUUGGAGAGGAUCUUAAAAUGAAACAACAUCGUGAAUUUGGCAGAGAUAAAAAGACAGAAAGUUCAAUUUAAAAAAAGGUUUUCAGAUAAUAUCAGUUUGGCUUUUAUUCUGCCACAGAUACUGCAUGAAGCAGGUCAAUAAAUCUGCCUCUACAAAAUCUUUCCUUGUUGAUUUAACCAUGUGACUCAAAAGGAAAAAUGAAAUUAGAGUUCUGGAAACAAGUUCAUUAUCCAACAAAACAAGGCUUCAGUGAAGAUAUCUGUCCAAAGUGCCCAUCUGCUACUUCAAAUUUCUACUUAUUUGCAAACUUAGACUUUCAAUUAAAUCAGGGACAUGUUCAAAAAAAUCCCCAAAUUAGGUUUUCGUAGGUUGGGUCUCAGUGGUCGACUAAAAGAGACUUCCAAUGUGAGGUCAUUAGACUUGUUGAAUAAAAAAUAAAGACUUUAAUUCUUAUGAGGAGUUCAGAUUCGUUUUUUUAUGUUCCUCAAUAAACUGAUGAACUUCAAUUUCAGUGAGAAACUUAACGCCACUAGAAUAAAAAUAAAAGUUUCUAUAUAAACAUCUUGUUAUAUAACUCAGGCAUGCAAAGCUGUAGCUCCCUAAAGUGACGCACAGAAAAAACACAAUUUAUGUGGCCUCAUUUCAUGAGUCGCAUGCAUCACUCCUUUUGUUGUCUUUAAACAUAUCACUCUAAAUUAAUCCCAAUUGUGUUCAGCUCAUCCCCACUGAGUGACGAUGCUUUAUAACGCCAACCUGCUCCCUGUGUUCAAUCUUUCACUGUCUUGCUCUGUGAGUAAGCUGGCACUGUGAGACAUAGAGCAAACAAGGACAACAGCAAUAGUGAUCAAUACUUCACACACUCUCUCCUAUCUCUGCAAAUCCUCACCGCCUACACACGGUGAAAUGCCACCAGCGUGAAUAUUCAGGAUCUAAAGCUCUUGAAGUCAGGAUGCUCUCUGGCUUCAUGUUGUGAGGAAGAGAGGAAAGCCAUUUCCCACAAGAGUGAGGGAGAGACAGCAAGAGUCUCUCUCUGUCCCCCACCCGUACACCCACCCAGAGCUGUCUGACUGCGUCUCUGCAGCCUCUUCACAGAUAAGAGUGAGUGUUUUGGCUGCACAGUGUGAAUCAUUGAAUAAUGAUGGCACAGGACUCAGUACAUGUAAAGUGACUAACAAAAGCUCCGUACAUAAGCACAAACUCUGCCUCAGCACACGGCUCCAAGCACUUGAAAGACUAUCUGCGAGGGCACUCAGAGUGCAAUCAGAAUGUUCUGUAGCACCAUUUGCAGUAAAACACAUUUCAAACUGGGUUUGUAAAUCAAUGCCAGCCUCUAGAGUUUCUUUUUAGCCAUUGUUAAGUGUACCAUAAAGUCUCUUAUUUGACAGGCUGUUUCUAAGAAAAGAGGAGCGAAAAAGGAUGGGUUGUAAACUUGAUUCUGUAUCAAGCCAGGAAGGUGAGGCUUUUUUUCUGAGGAAAUUUCAGGAAUUUGUGACACAUUUAAACGACAGAUUCUUAACAUGUUGCCUCAGAGAAAAUAAUCGAGAGAAUCUUCUCUCUAGAGACCAGCAGGGGGCAACCCGACUGGUAACGAUCAGAAGAAAAUAUAUUUUACACUUUUAUUUUAUUAUACACCACCAUAAUCCUUGGUUUCAAGCAUGGACUGUAUAUAGAAUAGACGCCGUCUGCCUCCUCGCUGGGUGAAGCCACUUCAGCACCCUCUGUUGAUGGGCUGCAGUAUAGGUCAUAAAUUCCACCUCCACCAGCAAAAAUGAUGGAGCUGUGGACAAACUUUAGAAAUUUAUUACACAGAACAUAAUUUUUUCUCCCCACUGCUUGCGAUGUUGACAUGUAGUUACAGCAAGACUGGUUUGUGCUCAAGUCCUCUUUUUUUCUGUUAGGCUCCGUUUUUAAAAGUUAUUUGGGGGUUCAUGUUUUCUAUGAUUGACACUUGAUACAGUCUAUUGGCGUUCAGGGAUUGCGUAGCUCACCCGAGCGUCAUCACAGCGACUCUCAGCGACUCUCCCGCCAAAUGUGCACAACGCUACUGCGCAAUGCUGGUUUCAGGAAAUGAAGAAAAAUCGUGGAAAUACAGAGAGCUUUCUGGCUUCAAAUCUGUAUACAGGUGGGAGGCGGAACCAAGUUGUCCAUAGUAUAUACAGUCUAUGGUUUCAAGUCCCAAGACACCAUCAGUGUAGUAUAGUGUUAGCUUUGUCCAUUUGUGAUAAGUGUAUUUGUGAUUGACAAGUAAGCCAGAAAGCAAUGCAUAUCUAUCUUGUUAACAAUAUCUGGUCACAAAAUAACUAGAUGAAUAAAUCAGAACACUGAAAUUUCUAAUGCAUCCCAUUUGAGUUACUAACCACAACCUUUACUUGGAGACCCUGUGCUCCAUCAUGCUGUAGGCUCCUCUGGAUCGCUGCUGCAGAAUUCUUGCUGCCGUAGACUUGCCUGCUUUCUAGCUGCCUGAACUAUGUGCAUCAGUCUCAUCUCUGUCCAUCUUUCUCUUUCUUCAUCUCCCUCUAUCCCCUCUCUGAACUAAAUGCAGUCGUGGCAGAUGACUGUCUUACAAGUUUGGUUCUGACCAAGGUUUCUGCCCUAUUAAAAGGAAGUUUUUCCUCACCGCUGUAACUACUGUAAAUACUGAAAAGUGCUACACUUAUGUGGAUGAAGAUGGGAUGGGAGUGGGUCUGAUCUAACCAGAUAGGCCUGAAUCUGAUCCCAUUCUUUGCAAAUAGAGUUUGGUCCAGACCAGCUUUUUUGUGAAGCAUCUUGGGAUAAAACUAGUUGUGAAUGCGCAACAUAAAAAACGGUGGUAUGAUUGAUUGAGAGGGGGAGGGGAGGUCAUACACUGCAUCUUAGUAUCACUGUGACCAUAUCAGAGUUUUACAGCGCACAAACAGCAAUAGCCAGUGUAAAGUCAAUGUGUCUCAGUGUUUCAAAGUGCAUCCUCCCUUUUUUAUCUAUUGCAGAAAAAAAUAUUUUUAGAGCUCUGGAUUACUUAUAGCUGGAGUACUGUGUGUCAAUGAGAUGCCUUUUUGAGACACCUGAGGCAGUUCAAUGCAUUGUUAUUGCUCUAAACGACUAUAACCUUGAAAUUACAAAUGAGUAUAUUGCUAAUUGUGCUGCAAAGCAUCAAGCUGUAUCAAGCACCAGUUGUUUAAUACAUGAAGCCACUCAUAGCUACUGUUAACCUUGAUUUAAAUUAUGUUUAAAAAUGGACAGCACAUGAUGAGAGCAAAUGCAUAUUUCAAAAGGUAACAAGUAGGUCAUCAUUACCCAGGUAUGCUUUAAACCCCUGUGGACAUUUGAGUGUUUAUAAGAGCUAGAAAGACCUAUCAUGAUAAAUAUUAUAUGAGGAAUGAGCUUGGCCACUUACAAAUUGUAACUGGAAAGCAUGUAUUUGUUAAGUUGACUGUGAAAGUGAGCGCAUCAUCAAUCAUAGAUUUCAACAAGAUCUCUACAUCAGUCUUUUAUUAGCACACUCAGUCAAAGGCGGCCUGUCUUGCUACUCAAUCUGAGACUCAUCUAGCAUUCAUCCCGGUUUAUGUCCAUCUGCACAACUGUAAAAACCUCAGUGGCUGCACUGCUGAGGAAAUUAAAAGCUUUCAUUUUCUCUCUCUCUUCUACUCUCUGCUCUCUCUCAGUUUGUCUCGCUGCCUGCCCUGUGAUGGGUGAAGGCUACUGCAUCAAAUGUAUGAGGAGAGGAUGGUAUUACCUUGACAGUGCUAUCUGAGGACAAGCGAGCGGAAGAGAUACUCCUAAUUCUACAUCACGAAAACAUGCAUCCACGGACACGCAGGAACACAGGUAUAUCUGUCAUUGCGCGACACAAAAAGUGUGCAGUAAUUAUCAGUCGCAUUGCAAACAGAGCAUAUGCACUUAAACAGAGUACAGAGAUACACUCACCCACACAAAUCACACACAUACGCACAGAUAUAGUGUGUUUUGAAGGCUUUUGAACACAGAAGGAGGGGAUUAUUAUAUUUUCAAAAAGCACAACAUUGAAAUAGGUGACUCCCUAGCUCCAGUCUGGCUGCCUGAGGCGGUGUGAGAGCAACCUAAAUAGAACCUGCAGCUACAUGGCAUGACAGCCUGACUAGAUAAAACAGUUUUUGCAGUUGCUUGAUCUUAUUUCCCCCUGAGCUGCAGUCCUGGGCUCAGUGAUUGAGGCAGAACCUGUGGCAGAGGCGGUGAGAUACUAUUUCCUAUUUAGUUUGCCCUCAAAAACCGGCAGUGGUUUACAGUGCAAAAUAAACAGCCCAGAAGGCGGAUUCAAGGUCAGUAACUUUUAAUAGGAUCAAUAUUAUGACAACAAAGCCACUCAGAGAUACGCUGCAGCUGCAUUAAAGUGUAGUGAAGUGCUAUGUUACGGCAAAUGACUCACACAUCUCUAGUGAACUUGCUGAAGCAUUUGCAUACUGAGCAAAUCCACAAACAGACUCCUUUAUGAGGGAUAGGUAAGGUAAGGCAAACUGCUAAUAUCUUUUUAAAUAGAUGACCUUACAGUGAAAUAGUUGUACAUUAAGUUGGCAUUUCUUCACCUUGUGUUACUCUCUUUAAUAGACAAGUCUCCUUUCUUUCUGUUGUCUCUUUCGUCUGUAUACAGCUCUGACAUAUUCAAACUAUGCCAAUCCUCUCCAGUGGCGACCUAGAUAUCAACUAGGAGGAGGAAUCUCACCACUUGAUGAACUCUAACACCUUUUUUCAAACAGCCUUAAUUAGAUUAUCACAUCUUAUAUAAGGUCUGAAUCCCUGUUGACAAAUUUCUGUUUAUUUCCAGCUGCAUUACUUUAUUUCUCUGCUUAUCGGUACAUACUGAAGUUGCAAUCAUAGGUGUAUAAUGAAGGGACCCUUUCCUUCCCUGUCCCCGCACAAGCACAGAGAGGUUAGCUGCUCAUUCACGGCCAAACAAACUGAAGACUUGCUGUGAUGCCAAGGCAUUCUUACCGGAACAGCCUUUGCUGAACGAGAACACUUCACAAGGUCAUGAUAGAGCUUUUAUGUUCAUCAGAACACCCCACCACCACCACCUUUUUUUUUUUUUUUUUUUUUUUUACUAAAUGCUUUGUACGGAAGAAGAAUUCAAACUUGACUUUGGAUGGAAGAGUCAUCUCACUGUCUAUAUUGUAAGAUAAAUCAAAACCCAUGCAUUAAAAAAGUGGAUCAAUCAGGGAUGGGGACGAAUAUUCCAGUGAUCCAGGACUCAUUACUAUCAUUACUUGGGCAUCAUCACAAGACCGCUGUCAAGCAGAACCGAUGAAGGGCUUACCACAGAAAUCCAAGUGGACUGGUUAGAAUUGAUAGUACUUGAUAUCUAAUUCAUGAAGUAAUUAGAUGACUGAAACAUGAGGCUUACUGGAAAGUAUCUCUAGUAUCAAAAUCACACUGUUUCUAUGGAUACAGCUUUCACCAGACAGACACUGAUUAACUAUACACUACUGAAAGAAGUCUGGUUGAUUUAAAUUGACGAUUUUCUCCAAGGCACCCGUAAAAACAUCCCUAAAUCAAUUUUUGUUUGAACUUUUUGAUUACUUUGGGAAAAAAAUAGCAUCUAUGACUCAUUCAUGCACUGAUUCUAAUUCCCACAAUACACUUGUAUGGAUUUGUGAACAGUCUUGCAACACUCCUGUAUAAUGUGUAUAGAUUCAUGAUCGUCUUGCAAAACAAAUCAUCAGCUGUAUCAAUACUGGGAAGCUGUAUCAUAUAUUAUUUGUAAUGAUAAAUGCCAGUUAUGUGGAUGUAUUUCUGCAUUUUUAACGAAAAGGUAGUAUGAAGUUUAGAUAAGGGUCAUUUCAUACUGCAGCACAUUGUGGUAGCUGUUAACAGAGAGGACAAGGAUAAAUAAGAGAUUACCGAGCCAUCUGGUUUUAAGCCUUAUGAGUAGCCUUGUUUAUGCUUUGUGUAUCAAGAGGCUCCCUUGAUAAACCAGACGGUGUAGGCAGAGUAUGAAAGGGGAAAUUGGACACGCUGGCAACCCGACUGGUCUUUUCGCUCACUUAUCAAGGCAGUAUGGUUUUAAGCUUGAAUGAGAAGUUGCCAGCUCUGUUCCUGAUAUUGACUGCAGGGCCAGCUGCCCCAGAAAAAGUCGCUGCCAUCACCAAUAUUUUUUACUCAGACAUUUAGAAAAUAACUUAUCUUAGGUAAAAGCUCUCACAGCAUUAAUCUUUGUAUUUAUCCAUAAAGAUUAACAACCAUAUGAUUCAUGUUGAAAAUUCCUGUUUCCUGUUAAUGGUGUUGUGGGAUCACAGAAAGGUUGAGUUUUAAAUUCCUAGCUGACAAUACUGAACCCCACUAAUAUACUGGUUGACAAACUCCCUAUAACAGCGAUGCUAAAAGAGCUGUGCACUAGCGAGCUACCCUAACACUAACAUUGUCUUUAAGUGUUUCUGUUUUUCUGUUUCUUGCAACACAAUGACAGCGCUUGUCAGAUUUCCUAUAAUAACUUUACUUGCAACCUUUAACCUCCCUCUGCAACUAUUCUAAUUCUACUACUGCUACUGUAUGGACAACUUAAAGGGUAUGACUAAGAACCAUAUACCAUAUAUCUUAUAAUAUGAAUAUAAAAUGGCCAACUAAUUGGGGCCUCCAGCACAGCCAGGCAUAAGCUAUGAAGGAUUUCUGGGCAAGAUUUUCCCAUGUGUUGCCUUUGCUUUCAAUCUGACUUGCACGAUAAGAAGCCAAAACUGAGUUGAUCUUGGAGAGACAACUUCUAAGAGUAUGUUGUGUGCUGUACUUUCAUGCAGAUUUAAUUUGCCUUUAGGUGAGAGCCCAUAGGUUCCAAGGUUACUUCAUGAUUACGAAAGAUGAUGUUGGGUAGACUCGUACAAACAGGUAUCAUGACACUUCUUCAACCAAAAUCUGGGUCCAUGCUCACAGAUUCUACAUUUUAUUAAUGAAUUUUUAUUCAUUUUAUUUCUAAAAGCACCCAAUUACAACCAACCGUUUCGAAAACAGCUCACUGACCUCUGUCCCAGAAUAAACACUCUGCGGGCUCUAUUUUGGUGCCUCGCCGGAGACGUGCCGCAAGCGCAGCGUCAGUCAGAUCCGCCGCGCUGACAAGGCGUUCCCAAGCACAUUUUGGUAUUUUGGUGAGCCGCGCAGCCCGGCGUAAGUAUCCCCCCUCCCUAACUCAGCUCCUCCCAGCACCAUAAGUCGUAGACGGGGCGUGUAGUUGGUUUAACACAGCCGAGACCUGUUUUCACCAAUCACAUAGGCUCCUCUCCUUGCCUUUAAAUCCGCCACAGGUGAGGCGUAUUACUAUUUUCAUGGAGUAGUCAAAGAGAUCAAGAGAUGUCUGAAGACGGUAAUGCCACAAGAUGGCGACAGAGGGCAGCUCCUCAACAAGUGUCCUCCACACUCUCUCAUAUGAGCACAGAUGGAUUUAGUGUGCGUAAUGUUGGACCCACUGGUAAGACAAACACCCGUUUCCACAAAUAAAGACACUCACAUAAAGUUGCUCAUAUUCAAACCUCACGUGACAAAGGUGGGUUGAGCGCACAGAUCACAACAUAAACUCCAAAAAUGGCAUUAAAAUCGGAACCAUCUGUGCGUAAAUGACCCAUCGCGCUCCGUGGCCUGGCUCUUUCUUUCAUAGAUGUUGGCAUAUAAAAUAAAUUUGGCUCACAAAACUGAAUAUUAUAAUAUCCGUAUGUCGGCUUAAAGUAGAUAACGCAUCUGAGCACUGAAACAAAUCAUCUGUUCAGCUGCAGCAGCAGCAAGACGGACAGAGGACACGGAGACGUGUCCAGGUCGAGCUGUGCGAGAAAUAAGAGGAAGAGGAAGAAAGAAAAGGAGGGAGACGAAUUACAUAUCUUGUUAACUUCAUCAUGUGUGUUUAUUUACUAGAUAUUGAAUUUAAUUUGAUGCGGUUUCAGCUGUGUUGAUUCGGUCAGGUUGUGUGUCCAAACGCGUGCCAAACGCGCUCAUCAGAUCAGAUAUAGAUCAGAAUAUAUCGAUAUAGAUCUAAAUGUAUGUGCUGACUCUGAUUAAUAAUUGAUGAUUAUUUAUUGCACUGAAAUGUGCCUGACACUGUGGAAACCUGCCGGUGAGGCAUCAGUGACGUAUGUCGAUACGCCGCCGGUCUACCAAAAUACUACAAGACCAGCUGCGUUCCGCCUUGCGCUGAAAGCUGACCAGGUUUGAAUCGGCGAGCAUUCAGCGCACUUUACACGCCGUUGGCGAGCACGAAAAUGUCACUGCGCCAGCUGAUCCUGUCGAAACCUCCCCCUGCCACGCCACCACGCCCAGCUUGGCGGAUCUCGGCUCGCCUCCGUGCGGCUCAUGCCACGAAAAUACCAAACUGGCCUUACGCUGGGCUCCGCCAGACGAAAAUACAACUGCGCGGGGCUCGCCGCCCUCCGCCGCCUCACCGGCGCGCACGAAAAUAGAGCCCUGCAUGUCAAACAAAGAAAAUGCUGCGAUAACUGUGACUGAAUGACAGAAAGAGUAGAAAUGUGCCAUUCAGGGGAAGGCCAAGUAUUACAAUAAACAUAUUAGCUUGUCAAACUGGCUAAUGAUCAACAACAUGAUCGAAACAUUUUUGGGUUGCCAGCCGAAUUCAAACAGAGUACGUCAGACACUUCAGCCUGCACCUGUACAGCACUGCACCACUUGAGUAUUCAAAACAAAAUUACCCUGCAGAAAGGUGGGGGAACUUAUUGAGCUUGUGCUGACAAGGUUGUUGAAUGGAUGCCAUGAAUCUUAAGUCUCCGAGUUACCACAGCAACACAGUCUGUGACCACUAUCACAAGGACAUCUCUGGCAGCUUGCCAUCACUCAUUCAUAAGAGAGAAAGAAAGAAAGUGGUUGUGGGGGUAGCCAGGGGGACAAAAGGUGUGAAGGAUAGAAAGAGAGAGAGAGAGAGAAGAGUUAGAUAAUAUCUGUAGACAGGAAAUGGAGAAAAGGACAUUGAACAAGCAUUGUCUUUUUUCCCCCCCGCUGCUAUAACUUUGAAGUUAAUGUUGUGUAACUACAUUAGGACAUUGCAAUAACAUUAAAGCUCCUGUGAAGAGUUUUAGGCUGGUGAUUAUUAAAAGUCAUGUUUGUAACACUUGCUCAGUUGCACACACUAUUCCAUGAAGGUAAAACUACAUGUCUUUUGUUUUGACAAGAAGUCCACAUCCCAAAAGGUUUAAAUCACAUUGUCAUAAAACUGAAAACGCAGCAAAUCCUGUGACUAAGCUUGGUUUGAUUUAAAAAAAUGUUAUUAUUUUUGGCUUGAAAAAUGAUGCUAACAAUUGAGUCAUUCAUUGUCACAUUAUUGGUUAAUUUGCUUUGAGCAAUGUGGUGAUGAAUCAUGUCGUCUAAUUGACCUAAUUAAUUGACUUGAUUCAGCGCUUCUUAUCAUUCAAAACCUAAAUGAUUCGAGAUAAAAUUAGAGUUCAUUAGAUUCAAUAAACUUAAAUUACAUUUGACAUUAUUGUCAAAGUGCCAGUAAAUGGAAGACAAUAAAUACAAAGAUCCUUUGAAUACAGAUCAAAAAGAGAAGGAGCCAUGAACAAAAAAAAAAACCUUCUCUUAGCCUUGGCAACAGAGGGUCACGCUCUGUUUGCUCUGCUCGCCUUAAUCUUACAUGAACUACCCAGAUUUAUAAUCCAUUCUUGUGAAAAUGGAUUUCUCUUUCUGAGUCUUAACUUUCUUCUUUUACUGCUGCAUAUUUCAGAUUUUCAUCGUAUCUCUCAUACGUUGCACCCAAGCCUCCACUGUUCAUCUGCCAAGGCUCUCAGAUGGGGAAAGAGCCGGGACCACCGUCUGUUUCACAGCAGGUAGGGAUCAUCCAACACCAGGAACAGAUGCCCAGGUGACAACUCUGCCUGGAGUGCAGGAAAUUACUCCAUCCAAACUGGAGCUUUGCUUCAAGAUGCUGUUAGGGAAAUUGUGCAAACUACUGAUUAGGCAUUAACAACAUCUGCAGUCUUGUGCUUGCUUUAUUCCUUGCCUUCGGUUGCAUUUAUUGAUCCAAGAUGUUGUCUGAGUUCUGAGUAAAGCUCCUUAGACUAUUAAGCCACAUCCCUCUCAUCCAAGUGUGUGUUUAAAGUAAGAAGCAGUGCUGUCAAAAUGUUUGACUUUAGAUUCAGUUUGUAAGUCAUGUAAUAUAAGAAAUUUAUAUAUUCUAGUGAUCUGCAGCCAAUGACAGCAAACAAUAGAAAAUCUAGGUGGUGAUCCCAUCAAGAUAUCUCAAGUGACAGUAAAAUAUAAUCAUUAGACACCAGCUUACACAAGCAUUUCCCCAUUUUUCAGCUAACCUGCUACAUGAUAGGAUCAGGUUUUAAUUUGGUUCCUGGCUGGAAGAAAAAUAAUGUAAAUAAAUAAAAAAAAUAAGCUGAAAAAAAAUCUGCAGUCCCUGAUGUGUCCACUUGAGGCUUGCUCAAAAAGCCGACGAGACCCCAUUGACCCUGAAAUGAACUUGUAUUUAAUCUGGUGCAAAAAACAGAUUUGGUUUGGAAAUCAUGUUUAUUUAUUUGUACAGACUGUACAAGGGGUUAAUUUAAAAAUAACUAAAUAAAUAAUAGUCUCAUCUUGAAGAUAGUGAGGUUUCAAGAUUUGCAUAUUUAGGUGUGACUGGGGCUGUGGCUUACUUACAUGGUAGCCAGGCAGCUAAAGGCUUGCCUAAACUCUGCCUCUUCACUUCUUACCUGUUCAAAUGAAGUUCAAUAAUUGAGAUAUUUUCAAACUCUAAAUAUAUUAGCGUAUUAUUACUUGGAGCAUGACGUCAGAGGAGAAAAGCUGCAAUAGAAAUAUGGUCAAUUGAGCCAUCAACUAAAAGUAGCAUGUGUUUCUUUAAAAAGACCAUCCCAAAUGCUCCUUUUCUUUGUUUUCUACCUUGUUUCUUCUGUCGACAUAUUAAAUAUGAUUCAACUUCACAUAGAAAAGGUACACUUACUUGGAAUCUACACAACUGCUUUUACAGAAUUCACUGCAUUUGUUUUAAAUGGGAAUUAUUCCUCCUGUCACUUUUCACACCUAAUAUAAUGAAUGUGUUUUAUAAUGCACCAGUUGUUGCUGUUCUUAUUUGUCCAUUAUUUCCAUAAUGUUGGACUGUGAUAAGAAAAACCUGAUGCCACUGCGAAACAGUCUUGCACACAGCUCAAGUACAAUCAUCAUGAACAAGCUGUGAUGGACAGUGACAGGCAGAUGGCUUUCUUACUCCAGACUUUGGUUUAUUUUUAUGAUUACAAAUGGAUAUUGUCAACCAUGAUGUUUCUCCUCAGCUUUGAAAUGCUCCUUGACGUUGGACUGAGAGUCCGUCGAUGGCUUGAUGUGAUUUAGGUCUGAUCUGCUAAUGGAUGAAAGUGAGGCUGAUGUUUACAGACAAACAAGGCGAUCUUUGAUUCCCCAUGUGGCGUUAUUGACUUUGGGUUACCUAAGUGGCACGUUUGCUUGUUUUCUGUUGGCCCAAGUAUAGCAUCUUAUUCCUUUAAAGCACUCAGAGUGACUGAAAAGUGAAGCAUUAAAGGACGCAGUAAUUUCCUCUAAAUCCAGUUUACUUUAAUCAAACUGAAUUAUUUAUUGCCCAGUGCUCUUAAGGUUGCUCUGGAGAAUAUUUCUUGAUCCUGGCCCUUUGCAUGUUGAUACUGCAGUGUUUCCUAUUGAAAGGCUUUAACUGAUUGCUUGUGUGAAACAUUCUGGUUAAAACACAAAGCAAAAGCUGUAAAGCUAUCUGGCACCAACCCAGCAACACCAACAGCAGUGUAAAAAUUACUGCAAAGAUAGGUGAAGUUGUCAUGGGGCAUGAUCUCCGGAUAACAAUGUUUGACAGUACUCCUUUGUUGAGGUGAUAAGCUGUCUGGCAGGAUCAGUUCAUGAGCUGUUGUUUUUCUUUGCUAAAUACUAAACUAUGAGGCAGCUGCCUCAACCUCUUUUGGUGUUUUAAGGAAGAAUUUGAUUUUCCAAAGGCAGUUCUAAGUACAUUUGUUAUUUUUAGCAGAAAUUACAGCAAUACACCAAUGUGGUUGCACUCAAAUCAAAAUCAGCCCAAACCGCCAAAGAUGAACAAAAGUAAACAUCUUGUUUAUGCAACAGGCAAGGACAUCCUCCCUGGUUGUUGUGGCUGGAAAUUCAUACGUAACACAUUGAUCUCCAAAUGUCCAUACAACCUGUGGAAGGGUCUUACAUAUGAGAAAGCUGUUAUAGUUUGUUUCUGCAAACAGAGACUCCAGGUUGCAGUUUAUUUCAUGCACCAACAGACCAAGAAGUUAUAGAGCGUCACCAGACUCUCUGAUCAAAUGCCUUGAUUUAUUUUCUCGUCUGACUGUUUGUCAAGUUCUCCCUUUCUCUGUGACAGUUGGAGUGAAAUACAACACACUGAAUUUUUGGUUUUAAAAGCUAUCUAGCUCCCUUAUGUCUUGGUUACAGCAUGUUGCAUUGUUAUUAAAAAGCUCCAACAUGCAAAAGCAGGGUGGAGUAGUCAGUCAGCAGAAAAAAACGUAACCAUCUAGAGGGGCUAGGCCGUACUCCGGUCUUUAGAAUUUUGCUAAUAUCUUCUAGAUUCCGAAGUUGAUUUUUGGGGAGUGUUCUCCACCUCCCAGCACGCACACAUACGGAGUAAACAGAGGCAGGACUCAUGCUGACAAACAGGUGUCUUUCCCAUUCUUGUAAUAUAAUGAGGCAGAAGUGAGUGCUUCUGAAAUGUAUGAGAAAAGCGGGUAAUGCAACUUGUUAUGUAGUGGGUUUUAUAGAAAUCAACAACAGGAAGGGAGCCAGCUGUCAGCUGUUUGGCUGUCAGUAGGUGUUAAAGAAGAGUAGAUAUUGAUAAUAACUGAGUAAAAACAAAGUUAAAACUGGUUAUUGUCACAAAUAGUCAUUAUGGUAAAAAGGACACAGAAGCAUGAGCUAUUAGCAGGUAUGAAACAGCUCAAUGUAUCAACAACUGUGAACCAAACCUUAAGGUUGGAUUAAAUUAUUUAUAAUUAAUCUAUUUUUCGUGGAAACCUGCCUUGUUUUCAUCCAUUUAAUACUAGUUUAAUACUUUUCAUACAAGUAUUCGUCUUCCCUUGCUUUCGCUGCAUUGUAACACAUGAUCUUUGUAUAACAUCGAAGGGAACCUUUGAUAAAAAAACACUGAGGGCCUAUAUAGAUACUGUCUUGGGGGUUUCUCUUUGGAUUAUUUCAAAAAGAUCAACAUAAAACAGUUGGUUGAACAAAAACUAAUCAAAAAAACUGCACUGCUCUGACAAAAAGGAGCGAACCUGAAAAACAGUCAUGAUAAAUCCUCCUUUAUGAAAGAUCAUUAACAUGUUUAAUGGGAUUUGCCAUGAUACAGAAAAAAUGGGCUAGGUCCAGGCUGAUAAUUAAAUGCCAUAAAUGAUCAUCAGAUUCAUGACAACACCAGUAUGCUUCAAAAGAAAGGCUCCCUCAACCCCUUUUCCAAUUUCUGGACCAGAGGUUGGACUGCAUGCCCUGAUUUCUGUAACUCACCAAAACUAACAAUAUCAAAAGCUCCCCACUUCAGACAGAAAAUGUCCAGGUGUGCUGAGGUGAGUGAGUGAAAAAGGUCUGAACUUCCCUUUCAUGCUCUCUCCUUUCAUGUUUUUUUUGCAGAUUUUUUCUCUCACUUCCCGAGAGUGCAGCCGAGUUCAACUUCAUAAAUUUGUUCAAGCAAUGGCUGUCUGAAAGUGUGCAUGGUUAUCCUGAUUUCUGUGAUUCAUGGCAUCUCACUCCUCCACAUGACAGCUGACAUUUCACCUGACUAUGCGAGUGUCCAUUUCAAAAGCUAUUAACACUUUCGACACUUGUCUUCAGAUGUGGCCGGACAAUGUGAGAGAAAAAAAAGGUUCAUGUGUAGCAUAUUGAGACCUUUAGUCUCAACCCAUUACUCAACCUCCCAGCUGUCAUUCAGAGGUGGUGUAGACUCCAUUAUUAAGAUGAAACCAUUAUUAUAGGAGUAAAAGAGGUCACCGCCUUGUACAACACUUUUCAUCUUUGUUUAUAUAGUAAGAUUUCAGCCAGGAUGGAUAGAGGCCAGACAUGACAGCCUUUGUCAGAGGUGCUAAAAUGUGGCAAGCUAAACUAGCACUUGAGCUGAGAAGCAAAACAAUUUUCCUUUACAUAUCAGUCGAAGUCAACGCUAGCUUUAAAAGAUUAUUUGCUCGGUGCUCUUUGCUCUAUACAAAAACUCAAAGUUUUAUAUACAUACAUCAAAAAUAAGUAAUUUUUGGUCAACAAGAAACUUACAACAGUAUUAAUUAUAACGUGUAGCAGUAUUAUUUUGGUUUAACAUGCUUGUCAUUGAUGGCAAUGAAAUGUUUCUGUGACUUUCAGUAUCAUGUUUCAAUAAUACACCUUCUAAGAACUUCCCUGCAUAUCUUUCCUCAUCUCAGCUGGAAGAAUCACUUGAUGAAAAAGUGAUCUGUUGUUAGCUGUAAAGAAGUUGUUGCGAACUCGGUUGCAUGUUUACCUUAAUAGGUGUUGAUUACAUUACCUUAUUUGGCUAUUACCUGUUUGUGUGUUUCCCUGUUUAGUGAGUUCCUGCUUGUUUGACAGUUCAUUUGCCUUAUUCGCCUCAGCUAGCAUCAUCCGCUGAUCAUUGCUGGUUUGAUUUCCAACUGUAUAAGAUGCUUUGCGACACUUGAGCAUUUAUAUAUGGAAAUACAUAAAUGUGUUUACACUACCAACACAACUUAAACAAAGAAAUAUAAAAAAUAUUUUGCCUCAUUAAAUCUGUUAAAUGUGUUGCAGAGAAGACAGACUAGGGAUGGGAAUUGAUAAGAUUUUAUCGAUAUCGAUGCCACAAUGGAUUCUGCUUAUCGAUUCAAUGCUUUAACGAUUCCCUUAUCAAUGCCUUACUUUGAUUUAAAAAAAAAAAAGGUAGACUGUAGUUGUUCGUCAUUAACUCAAAAUUAUUUGAGUCUCUGAUAACAGAAAAAGAUGUAUGUAUUUUGAUACGUGCCCCCCAUCGCACUUUGUGCUGUUGUUGUCUCUCUUAGUAAUGAAUCCACGCUUUUGAUCGUUUCUGCCUACUUUUAGUACUGUCCGCCAUGCUUUUUUCUCUCUCUGUUCUCGUUCGCGUAGACUGGCACUCGUUGAAAACCGUUUUUCAAGGCACCCAGAAGAAAGGAAUCAUUAAGGAAAUCAUUGCGUUAAAAUGUAAAUGAUGUCGAUGGAUUGAACCAUUUGGAACCGGUUCUCAACAAGAACCUGUUCUCCAUUCCCGUCCCUAAGACAGACAUACCAACUCCAUGAUUUGCUCCUUGCAUUUAUCUAGUGCCUGAUUCAAAUAAAUAGUCUGCACAUCUCUAGGAUGAGUACAGAAGCAAAGACCAAUCCCUGCCCAGUAAACGGCGCCUUUGUCUUAUUAGAUGUUGGAAACGUUCAUGAAGAUGAAGGAGCGAAACAAAGAACAUCUGUUUUACAGCCUUUUUGAUGUUUCUCUCAAGUUAAUUCAUCCACAGCCAUGACCGACCACAGGCUAAUCAUUUCUCAUUUUCUCUUUUCUAACUUAUAUUUCCAGGAAACUAAUUUGGUCUAAUCAGUUUUCUGUAUAAUAAUCUUUUCCUGCAACAUUACUAAAUAUUGUACAUUAUGCUACUGGUUGUGCAUUGUGUUCUCCAUCACUUUCUUGCUGGUAGUCUAAUAAUCAAACUCCUUGUACAGAAUUUGUGUGUAGUGUACAACAGCAUAAGCAGCAUUUGUAGAGCUGUCCUCUGGUUUGAUGGACAGACGGUUUUAUCAUUAUUUAAUUCAGAGUGCUCUCCAGAUGGUUGCCAACAGAUACUCGCACCACAAUGCCCUUCUCUCACAGUAUUUUUCAUCAACUUCCACGGCUUUUUAGAACACACGGCCUCGAUCCCCCCCCUCCGCGUCCCCAGAGAAUCAGUGUCCCCAGUGUAAGGCAGCAGAAGGAUGUUCAAUAUUUCCCCAGACUCCUCAACAUCUACCUCCCCAAGGGACAGGCCCCUACCAAAGAAAAGAGACGAACACUGAAUCAUGGAUGAGAGGUAGUCAGCCAGCAAUGCCUGCUUCCUGGAAAAAAAAGGCAUGGGCAUGUAUCCUCAUUUGACAUUGUUGCACUUCAUUCAGCUUUUGUUACAAAUUUUAGAUCUGGUACGUCCUAUCAUGCUGUGUUCUACGUUUUAAAACCACAGUUUAUUUAAUAUGAUCAAAUUUUGCUGAGUGGAUUGAGGUAUAUUCAAGGUUCAACUCUAAUUAAAGCUCUGAAUCUUCACAUAAUAAAAUACUCGCAAAUUUUUUAUUACUACUGCUAAAGGUGACAGUAGACCCAACAGAAUUUCAUACUGUUAUCUGAUCUAAGCAGUGGAGGAUAUUAAAAUUGGUAAUAAAAGUCAAAAUUAAAAAAGGAAAAGCCAAGAAGGAAUGGUGUGCCAAUUCAGAUAAAUUUACAAAUCCAUGGACUGUUUUUCUAAGGGGAGUAAACGGAUACAGGGGUUUGAGAUGUUAAUAAAUACAAAAAUUAUGUAGUCUGCUCGAACGCACCUAAAAUCAAGUGAUUUCAGCAAGUAAGUAAGAAAAGUUUAUUAAGCAUAGCACUUUACUCAGAUCAAUGCUGUGCUGCAAGUGCGCUCUGAAACCACAACUCAGAGGUAAGAAGUGUAUGGUCGUUUCAUCCUCAGGUUUGUGGUGAUAUACCCCAUAAAGUAGUGCUCUGCCAGUUUUUAUGAUGCAGUUUCCCGUUGACAUCAGUAUGAUUAGCGGCCCCUGAAUGUUGAGCUUGUAGCUGCUAGCUCAGAACUUCAGUGCUUCAGUGAUCUUUCUUCUCUAUUUACAAAAAAGUGCACAUCACUUUUGGCUUAUCAACUGGCUUCUCUUGAGUUUUAUUUCUUUUUAAGUGAAAUGAACCAUUUUAGAGUGCAGUGGUGUCACUGUUUAUUUAUCACGGCUGCAACAGAACGCAGCAGCUUUAAGGUGGGGUAGGCAGGAUCUGAGGAAUUGCCAGUUUUGGGGAAGAAUCUUGAAUGUAAACUCUACCCCUCCCAACCAGUUUUCCCCUCAGCUCCUCCUCUCCCCUCCCUCUCUGCACCAGCAAGCCCCGCCCACAAAUAGACGCUCCUGCUUGCUUGUACAGUUCCAAUUAAUUUCAGAUAUAAUGCUGAUAAAUACUUCAGAUAAAUACAAAUGAGGCCCAGUCAACGUGAAAGUAACAAGCAUUGGUGCUACUGUAGAUGCCAACAGACUACCAGCAAACACAAUGUUUGCAGGACUUCUACAUCUAGGAUAAAGUGACAAACUCCAGCACCCGAGGUAAACAGUUUAGUGGAUGCUCAAAAAGUUUAAAAUGUUGACUACACAGACAAAAAAAAAAAAAAAACAGCGAUAUCGUGAUAUUACCUAAUAUCAUCAAUAACUAAUAGCUAUUCACUGAUAUUAAAAGCUUUUUUGUAUAUACACUGCAAAAAAAUCCUGGGUUUAUUCUUUUUGAAAUAAUAACUCUACUGCCUGAAUCCUUUUAUUCAUCAGAUGUGGUGCUGUAAGUUUCUAAAUUAAGGAUUUUUUGUGAUAGUUAAUCCUGUAUUACUAUCUACAGAUAUGGAAAAACAUGUAGUAGGUAGACUAAGAAAAGUACUGGCACAGGUAGUGUUUAGGUGGUAGGCAGAACUGGGGGCAUUAAACGGGGACACUUUGAUUCUGUGUUGGAAAGGAUCAUUUAUAAAACUUUUAUUUGCCUCUUGGUGACUAAUAUAAUACUGAGCUUUUUCUGACCUGAGGAACAGCAGCCCACGCUCACACAAACACUCAAUUGUUUUGUAUUACUCCUGUUGUCAGUGUUGUCUUUUUUGUUUGCACUAAUCUCAUCACUAUUACGUAUCAGUUUCUGGCUCAUUUUAGAGUAGUACUCUCAAUGCCCAAACCUUAUUUUACCCUUUUGUCUCUACCUUACGCUGAUUCCUGAGUUUCUAAGGCCACUAAAUUCUUGUGUUCCUGGUGGGAUAGUGUUUCUAUAGGGCAAGGCCUCCCUCACUCUCUCACUCUCUCUCUCUCACUCUCAUCUUCUUGGUGGGCGGGCCGUGGGCGCGAUGACUAAGCCAAGGUUGGCCAUGUGCUAGAACAUAAUCCACUGAAAGCCAAUAUCCCUCCUGCCCACCUACCAUGAUUUCAUCACUCAAACUGCACACUAUCAUAAAUUAGGAGAUAGAGAAGCAAGAAUGCUGCAUCACUUUAUAGAUGUAAUCUGCAAAAGUUUCCCAUCAAAAUUUGAACACCGAGUGCUGAAAAUGUUGCACACACUCAGACAUUUUCAGGUCAAAGCUGACUCAAAAGGAAUUCAUCACAGUUUUGCUAUUAGAUUUGUUUGUUGAUGGUUUCUAAUCGGAACAUGUACUUGAUUUGAUUUUGUUUGUUUGGAUAUCUCUUUGGCAAGGUGGCUAACCUUGCAUGAGCCAACUUAGAUAGGAGUAUAUAAACACACCUAAAAGUGCAUGCUAUUAUCUAUUAUCAGUCAUGCAUAGACUAUUAAAUAAACCUAUUUUUAAACUUAGUUAAACAAUAAUUAAAGACUGUUUUAAGAGAUCAUGCUGUGAUUUAAUUUGAGAUAAGCAAUCACCAGUUGUUGACACUAAGGGGGUUUGUGCUCAGGAACAUUUAAUGAGCUUUUAUUUUCAGAGGUUACACAGUGCAGUCUGGCUCAGGGAAUACCGUGGUGUUAAAUUAAAUCACCCCUAUAGUUAAUCCUUUAUCAAGCCAAGCCUGUUAGCGGCGUCCAAACUGUCUGGCUUUACACUUGAGGAGUCUUAUCAUGGGGCACCAGAGAGCAUGUUUACUUAGACUAAACAGAAAGACAAGAAGGAAGAGGACGAGGAGGGAGAGAGAGGGAGGAUCCUGGGAGGAUCCAGGGAGAGGUGCUCGGUGUGGAAACCGAGAUGCACUGGGAAUAGAAAAAAGAAGGGAGGAUGCUGUCUAUUUUUAGGUCCAAAUAACAUGAGAGGGAGGGGGCUUCACUUCUUUCCUCUUCCCCCUCCUCCUCUUUUCUCCAUGUACCUCAUUUCCCACAUUCCUCCUUGGCACGUGCAACAGACACUCAGGGCGGCUCCGUGUGCCCUGAAUACCAAUAAGGGAGAAGCAGCUGGAUACUGGCAGGCUAACAUUCUUCUGUCUUCUGCUGUCUGCACACAACAGAGACUAGACAAGGAGCAGGGAACUGACAGGAAACACAAACGCUCACUUCUGAGGACACAACAUCAGGAUAAACAGAUAAAGGCUGACUGUUUAGCGCAAGUGACACUUGACACUUGCGGAGCUGUGCAGAUGAUGAAGGUUAGACGGUGUUAAACCUUUCGCUCCAAAAGUCGCGGGUGAUUUCAGCCAUCAUCAGGGAGAAGUUAUCAUAAUGCUGAUGACAAUUUGAACCUUUCAAAACAAAAGACGGUAACACUUAACAAUAACCAUAAUUUAUAAAUGGUAAAUAGAUAGUUUAUUAAUGUUUGAUCAUCAUUUAAAAACAGCAUAGAGACCAAUUAUAAAUGGCAAAUAGUUUAUUGACGUAAGUUAAUAGUUACUUUACCAUAAACAAGCAAUGAAAUUACAAUUAAUAAUUUUCAUUCAUUAUUAAUGGACUAUUUAUUAAAGGUUUAUACAGAGUUUAUUAGUUGUAAAACAUCUAGAUUAAAAUGUGUGUCAAUAGCACUUUGUAAAGGAUUAAUAAGUGGUUUAUAAACCAUCUAUAAACAUUACUUAGAUGGUUAUUGUAAAGUUGCAUCUGAUGUUUGUAAUACUUUGUAAAUGAUUAAUAAGUGGUUUAUAAACCACCUAUUAACAUUACUUAGAUGGUUAUUGUAAGGUUAGGGUUAGGGUUAGGUUUUUAAAAUUUUUAAUGUACAAUUUAUUAAUGGUCUACAUGCUAUUUAUAAAUGAUGAUUAAACAUUAAUAAACUAUCUGCUUACCAUUUAUAAAUGGUCUAUUUACCAUUUUUAAGUUAUGGUUAUUGUAAAGUGUUACCAUAAAAGGCUGCACUACUUUACUAAAUUGAGAAAAGUUAAAAUCUAGAUUUCAUCACAGCAACAGUUUGGCAGUAAAGUGCUUCAUGUGGUGGUAAACUUAUCAUGCAUUCACAACUUUGAGGAGUGUUAUGUUUCAUUCAGGCCAUUGGGGAGACAAAUUUCUUCUCUUUAGACUUUCAUGCUGUCCUUUUAUCAAAUCUGGUGAUAGAAACACUGCUUUCAUCCCCGCUCUGACAUAUCCUUUCUAACUCUUUUCAAAACCAGCUCACACUGGGCUCUACUGAUGUUCAAGCGAAAAAGAAAAAAAUAACUACCGUCAACAAAUCAAACCAGUCUGUUACAAGAAAUAGAGACACCCUUCCCAUCAUAUCCUACUACAUUGUUAAACCUGACCUUGUCCUAUUUCACUCCUCUCAGAGCUCAGAUAACAUAUUUUAUCUUUUGUCCCACUCAGACAGCCAGAAAGAUGUUGCCAAUAUACACGUUCACAAGAUCUAUGUCGAGGCUUUAUUGGGAGAUGAGAAACCCUGUUAACAGUGUCCAGUCGCAGUUUUCCAGGCCAAGCAAGAGGAAACAGAGGAGCUGAUAACACAUAUGCUUUAAUUAUUAUAGGUGGCCAAAGAAAGCCGGUCUUUUUUACAGACAAGGUGCAAUAGAAAGUGUGAAAAGGUGACGGAACACUUUCAAGGUUGUGAAGCUGGUUACUGAACAGACUGAAACUAAUAUUAAGGCCUCCAUACCAACAAAAACAAAGAAGUCCAUUAGGUAGAAGCUGAAUUUCAUGAUUGAUUUUUGUGUUAGUCACUGCUGCUAUAGAGUUGAUGUCAAAGGAGAGGACAAAAAACAUGCAGACAGAAAGUAUUCACUUAGAGCUGCAUAUGACUAUAAAAGACAGCAUGGUGUGUGCGUGUGUUUAAGGGCUACUGUCCCCUGCUGGUUUGAUUUCCCAGCCACAAGCCUUUCCUGCAUGUCUUCCUCCACUUUAUGCCUGAAAAAGUAACUCUCAAAAGGAGAAUUGUUUGGUCUGUUUAAAAAAAGUUAUUCUUAAUCUUAUAGAGGACAAGAUGGAUUGUUAAAAAAAGCACACUUUGUCUACAAAGUACCCAAAGAGGCAGUUAUGUGCAGAUUGUACCCAAAGAGGGACCAGCACACCGUCGAGUGUGGUUAAAGAUCCACACCUCUGGCUAUACCUACAAGUAUUUGUUGCUGUGGGCAGGGAAAUUGUUUUAACAAAUAUUCUACAGCUUUUUAUCAAUACAUUGUAUUCCUUUAAAAAAUUUAGGACACUAAAUGGUAAGCUGAAAAAUUGCUAGUGACUGUUUGCAGGUUUAUGAGUUUCACCGAAAACUUCAGCUCCAGUUAAUCUAUUAUUUACGGUUAUAUUAUCCUUUAAAAACAUGAAAAAAACUCCAUGAUCACUGUAAAAGAUAUAGCUUAAUUUCAGAAUAGUAUAACUUUAAGUACCGUUUGAAUAAUCUAUACCAACACAACUAUAAAGAUGCACUCUGUUUAAAAACUACACCUAUAAUGGUUUAGCAAAAUAUGGGCUAUUACACAGUAUUUUUCUCUGAAAUGUUAUACAGUAGCACAAACUGGAAGUCCGCAGGUAAACAAUUAAUUACAGUUUAGUGCAGUGGUGGGGAAAAUGUACUUCGUUACAGGCAGUAAUGAAGUCUUUCAUCGAUGUGGUUAGAAGUAAAAGGGGUUGGUGAAAAAUGCAUAAGCGCAGCCACCGCACUGCAGGCUUUCACGGACCGAGCAGCGCUCUUUAAACAGAGCUAAUGUUUGCUCAUUUGCGAGCACAGAUUAAGACAUAAUUACACAGACACACAUUCACACACAUAAACAUACACAUGUGCUGUCACUUUGCUAGCUAAGGGUGGGCUGGACACAUUGCUUUAGUGUUUGAGAUAAUGGCAUUUGACGUGCUGCUGGCGGUGUUGUCACAGGGAUGCCAACCAACAGCCACCGCAGCAGACACCAAACGGAUGGCGGGAGAAAGCACAAGCAUUGGAGACGGUAUUGUCUACUUGAAUGUAAUCCCUCUAUUAGACUCAAGGUCAUGGUCUGAGAUAAUGAUGAAUAUUAAAAACCCAAGAUAAGGAGUUCUAUUGAAAGUACAGUGAAAUAGUUUCCUUUUUAUGCCUGGAAGACUAUGAUUUCAAAUUUACACUCAAAGGAGCAAGUGACUAAUUUACUGUCAGCCAAUUUAUUUGAUUGUUCAGAUCUGAGACUAGCAUUUCAUAUAAAAGGACUUCAUUUUUAUUUGGAGUAGCUAGGGAUAGGAAUUGAGAACCAGUUCUGGAUGAGAACCAGUUCCAACUACUUUGAGCUGUUAAUGUCAUUUGCCUUCAUGCGUAAUAUUUCCCUUAUCGACGCCUUUCACCGUGUUACUCUGGGUGCCUUGCGUAACAAAGAUCUUAAUGAGAGACUGUCAGCAAGAACAGGAAUCAAAGAACUAAGGCUACCAUUCGUGGAUGGGGGUGGGGAGGGGUCCAAACCGCUGUCCUGUAUAACGUAAUAUUGUUUGGUAGGGCUGGGUGAUAUGGGAAAAAGUUUAUCACGACAUGUUUUUUUCAGAUCAGUCGAUACCGAUAUUAAUAAAAAAUCACUUAUCAAUCUUAAAUUUUCCUGUUACUCUUAAAUGAAAUUUACCAGUGCUUAUUGGUAGCAUGUCAUCUGUUGAAUCUUCAUCUGCAUUUCUGCUGAGGGUAGCGCUAGUUUUCUUUUUUCCUCACUGACAGCGCUGCCGGCUUCACGUGUCAAAGUGCUGUGGUUGCGUGUAGCUGCAGCCUGCUACUACAUAGUUGUUUGCUACUUGGUUCUAAUUCAGCACAUGAUUGGUUCAGCGUGAAGCAGACCCAGAGCAACUCCCCUUUUCAUUGGCUAUUCGUAUAGUCUACCAAAACAUGGCAGAAUGCCGACUAUCGAAAAGCAUAUUGACCAUGUUUUUAUAUCGAUAUCGAGAAAUUUUUAAUAUAUCGUUAUCGUUUUAUCGCCCAGCCCUAUUGUUAGGCAAAAUAUAUAAACUUAAAUAAGAUAAAAAUGCCUCACUAGAUUGAAAAAUAUGAGUAACAGUGGCAAGAUGGUGUCAUGCUAACAAAAUGAAAUAGUUUACCAUCUUAGUUAGAUGUUAUAGAGCAUAAAUGGCUUUGUACAGUUUCAUGGCAACUCAUCUGAUGGACAAAGAGUUAAAUAAAUCUGGAUUAAAUUAGUAGUCGCAUAUUGCACCUGCAGACAGACAGUGAGCUGAAACUGUUCUUAUCCUAACUAUGUGCAUUUUCAAGAACAGCUUACAGCUUAGACUUCUUAAUAUGCAUUUCCAUCGCCAACUUCAUCUAAGUAGCUGUGAUUAAUCAUCUUAUUUACAUGGCUGCCUGGACACGACAGGCAGACUUGAAUUUAUCUAAUGAGGCCAAUUUCCCGCCACCCAGACCCUAUCUCGCAUGCUCAUAUUUUACAGCUGACACAACUAUUUCAAGUUCAUCUUCAAAUAUCAUCAUUAAAUAUGGAAACAUUAAAGACGCCUUGACAUUGCUUCAGAUUACACAACAAGCUAAUUAAGUCCCCGAAUGAACUAUAUAUAGUAUAAUGGUUGAGCGCAAAGGGAUGUUUUUGGCUUCAUUUUGGAAGAGUUUGUUGAAAAAGUAUGAUGUAAGAAUGGAAACACAUUCUGCCAAGCAAUUUGAGAAACUGAUAUUACAUGUUUUGUUUAUAGCUGGAUAUCAUUAUUCUGCCACAUUUGCAGUGAAGGCAGAAAAAGACGAGAAAAAAGGAGCAGUUGAGUCAAGAUGGCGCCCGAGGUUUAUAGACGAGGCUGUACUGAGGAUGGCUGUGCUCGCUAAGCUGAACUAAUGGUGUGAAGCUGUGAGCCUCAGUAGGCUGCAGGUGGAAGCUGCUCAGCACACUGCAACCUGCAAGCUGAGUGUGCUUGUGUGUGUGAAAAUGAUGAGUCGAGAAGAGCCGGAUUUUAGACAAAAGGUGCGUCUCCUCCUGUUUGGCAAAUGCAAAUGUACGCCUCAAACAUAUGAAAAUGUACCCUUUGGAGCAAUUGUUGUUUGACUUUUAUUAUUUUGGCUUGGUAUUGGAUUUGCGCGAUGGCACUCAGUCAUGGCGGGCUAAUCACCAAGACAUGAUUGCCUCUGGGAGAACGGCUCAUCAUUGUGCGAGCGAAGCACCGAGCUGCAGGGGGGACAAUCAGGCCGGCACUCUCAGUUACAGUUCCAGUCAAUUUGGAUGGAAAAAAUGCCACGACCACUGCUUGUUUGUUUAGAGAGAGAGAGAGAGUCCCCAAUAAAGCUAUGAGUCACAAGUGAAUCAUUUCACACAGGAGGAGAGAUGACUGUGCUCCAGCGGGGUCUAAAUACAUCCCUCCCUUUUUUUUUCUUCACUGAGUGAGGAUAAAAGCUGACUGGAGUGGCAUGGAGCUCCGACUGGGGCUCUGAUGACUUCAAAGAGAGGCGAGGGAUGUGAGAGGAGGGGACGGAGAGGCAGAGGUGGAUGGAUGCUUUGCUGGUAAGGCAAAACACACUGAUGGAAGGGAGAGAGGAGGGGGGUGCAUAUGUGCGCUAGGGCAAGAGCGAGACAGACAAAGAGAAAGUUAGUGUGCUAUUGCGAGUGUAUGGGAAACAUCAAAGACCUGAAAAUGAACAAAAGAGAGCAUGAAGGGAAGGGGGGAGUGGGGUAGAAAAAAGGGUGAGGGCAAAGUGUGAACACCAGAACUGGAGAGAGGCAGAGAAGGAAGCUGGGAUGAAAAAGUCUUGGAGCUGAGAGGAAAAUUUCACAAGUCUAGACGCAGAGAGAGAAAAAGAGAGAAAAAGAUGGAGGGUGAAAAAAGUAAAAGGAUGUUCUGCAGAAAAACGACAUUCUUGCUCCAAGCUGCUGAAAUCCAUUGCAGAGAAGGGAGUCGGUGCAUGAAAUACUCUGCAGAGAAGAUAACAAGAUUUCUUAUUUCUAUUUACUUUUGAAGGCUCUUGACGUGCAAAUAUGAUUUUAGCUUUUGAGAAGCGGCUCUGAAAUACAGCGCUGGUUUUUGGAGAACAACAUUCCUCUAAUAUUUGAUCUUCCUUCAGUAGAAUGUGGAUUUAUUCAGAGAUUUGAAAAGCACUGACAUUUUCACAAGUUAAUUCCUGCAGGAGAAGCAAUUAAGGGGUAGUUUUAAGUUUAGGUUUCACGUAAUGGAUCUUACUUUUGUUUAUUAAAAAUGUCUCAAUAAGACUGAAAUUAAAUUUGUAACAAACACCAUUACAGUUUUCAUCUGAUCACCGCCUCAAGAGCAACACGAGUCUUUGGGUACGUGGCAUGAAUCACUGACUCUAGACGACAAGAAACUGGAUGUCAGGAAGAGAUGCGGCUGGAAACUAAAUGCAGAGUUUUGACAGUAAAUAGAAACAUAGCACUAACAGCUUCAAGAGACAAGAACAAGCAGCAGAUGUGAAUAUAUACAUCGCUGUCAGAGCUUGGGUAUGGAAAGAAGGAAACAGCAGGGGAGUGAGUGUAUUAGAGGCAGUGACUGCAAGGGCAGAGUUGAGAUGCAUGUGGUGUGUAUGGUGAUGGAGGGUCAGGGCAGGGGAGGAGAGGUAGGACAGAAAAUAAACAAGGAGAGGACAAGGACACAUACCUGAUUCAGAUGGAUGAACAAAUACACACCCAAUACAAUGAAAUACACCCAGAAUGAACAGACUGUGCGCAUUUCCUACUGCUUAUUCACCUUAAGUGAGCGCCUCUGUCCUCAUUAUGACCAUCACUCCACGGAUAUCAAAGGAUUCAUUCACAACUUCAGCCAAGGUUCUCCUGUAAUCUUUAGCUAAAUGUUGAGCAGGAAUUAAAUCAGCAGACAGGGGCGAGGCCUGAGUCAGCCUCUAUCUUAAUGCUCGGGCUUCUUUAGACCCUUAUAUAACCCACACAGACAGGACUAAAGAUUCCAGCUGUGGCAGACAUAUACAGAGGAUAGAGCUUAGAGGAAGAGAGGCAUAAGUAUCUUUUCACUGUCUUCACAGAGCAGCCCAAACCGUCACCCAGUCAAGUCUGCUUUUGAAUCUUUAAUCUGUCACCUUACUGUAUGGCCCUGUGGUGUAAGACGAACCAUGCCAGAGUUAUUUAUCUGAUGCAACCCCUUUUUGCCAUGCAACUUUACUUCAAAAAGUUGGGCAAUACUAUGCUCUUGUUUUUAGGUGAAAAUAAACAUAAGACUGUAGAGACUGGCCAUCCAGGUUUGCAUCAUGUCUUAAAGCUCAUAUGAGGAGAAUUCACCACAUUAUGAAAUAGAUUGAAAUUUACAGCAAUUUACUGCCUCUUUAUCACCUUCAAAAGCAAAAUUAUAUGUACAAGAAGAUUCACAAUUUCCACAUUGUAAUUUUUUUAUGCUACUACAGGAGGUUAGUAGUCAUGAAACAGUAAACAUGAGCAGGGUAGAUAUUAGCAUUUGAUAAAAGCAGGGUAAGAUUCUGAAUCAGAAAACAAGACUUGUAGAUAUUAAGGACCUGAUCCAGAAAUAUAUAAAAUUGGCACAUGUAGAAAAUUCUUCACAGGAGCUUUAAACACAAAGUAAACUAGAAAAAUAUGUUUAAAAUGUUGUGGAAAAAAUCCCUCUAAGCAUUCGCUAAUUAGCACGUUGUAUCAAACCUUGUUACUUACUGUAUAACUUACUAAUUGUCUAGCUUUAUAGGUGUUAUUUGCUUUGUACUUCAGUGUUUUGUUCACCCAGUGAAGGGCGGAGAGUUGACAUUUUGUUACAUUCAGCUGUCAAGGUCUUGUGUUAUACAAUCUGUAUCUGCAAAUAUGCGCCAAUUAAUGUUGGCUUUGAUUGUUUGCAAUAGAAACACAGCAUGAAGGAGGAAAACAGGCUGAGAGUAAUUGUAGAGUAAUCAGAUAUCCCUGUGAGUAGCGCCUGAUCGAGAUUUAGUAUUUCAUUUUGGGUAUGAAUGUAAAUAAUAAUCAACUCUAGAACGUCACCCCUCCACUUCAACCUCUUUUUUUAAUCUCGAUUUGCCUGUUGGACUACUAACUUCGGUAGAAAGUCUUAGUCUGUGUCUCUAAUCAAAGUAACCGUUGUCAACAAUGGACAUCUGUCACUCUCACAAGGUUAGAAAUAGUGACGCAAUGGCUUAAAGGUGAUCAAUUUAAAGGUAACGCUGAGAUCAUUCACAAAUACUAACUGCUGAGUUAUCAAAGAAAAUACUUUUGAGUCCUUUGAGUAGCCAUCACAGCCUAACAACUCUUCCACUAUUUAACAACGUUCAGUCUUUUCUGUACAUAUCUGAAAAGUGAACGUUUUCAAAGGACCUUGUGUUCCUCUUCUUAUUCGCGAAAGCAUCACCAACAUCUCAUAUUGUGACAAGAUUCAGGAUUCAACACGGCCCAUUGGCUUAUUUUUGCCCUCAGCAGUACGAUGACACACCUACAUAAUUAUCGACUAUAGCAUGUGUCACUAAUGCCAGCCCCUGUAAUUGGCGUUUAGGUAUUGAUGUCAGCAAAUACAGGGGGAAAAAAAAGGAUUAGCUUGAAAUGCACAAAGCCAUAAAUGCCAAUUUUCCACCCCAACAGUGUCUGCCAAACACCCACACUUUCCCUCCACAGUGCGCGCACAAAAGAACAUGCAUGUUUUCCUACACGGGAGGAGAAAUGGCCUGGCUGGCAAGCUGGUAUACAAAGAACCCACUUCACACACAAAGAUUUCUCUCUGAUCUGGCAAUUAAGGAUCAUCCCACCUCACCCCCCCUUCCCCCGUCUCUCUCACUCUUUCUCCCGGUCUUCCUGAUCAUCUGAUUGCAGCUUGAGGGAGACAGGCAGAACAAGAACCCUUCAAUCUGGCUCUUAACUGAGAAAAAGCUGAAAAUGUAUUCAGUUCUCGCUGCUUUAUGACUCAUGAACAAUGUAGGACGGUUGUAGGAAAUUGUAUUGAUAACAGGACAGCUGAUACAGGGUGGGUUUAACAGAUGCAGAUUAAGUAGGGAUUGAAAAUUGCUUUCUACUGGGGAGAAUUUUAAGUAGGCCCAGAGUAUUAAUAUUAGCCGCUGCUCUGCAUCAUCUUACAAUGCUGCUGUGUUGCAAAAAUGCAGAGGAGAGGGAGAGUCUUGUUCAUGCAAAAUGAUCCCUUGUACACAACCACUUAAUCAAUUGACAAAUCAAUAGCAUGCACUGAUACCUUUGCCCUGUUUGUUAUUUCUGUUUGUUCAUGACUUCAUUACUAGGUCAGGCUAAGGAGAAAUGUUUCAAAUCUCACAGUGCAGCAUAACACCUUUUAAAAGUGUGAAGGACAGAGCUUCCCAGGGUGUGCUAACAUCAACAUCAGGGAAAGCUGGUGGAGACAUUCUGAGGAAGCCUUCAUUGUCGAUGUUAUUUAUUGUUGCAAAUGAUAUGUUGGGCUAAUGGCAAUCAAAAAUGUACAAAGAAAAUCUCUGGUAGAUACAGGAGUUUGCCCAGACUUCAUUUUGUAUUGCAGCCAAACUGAGGCUACAGGGGUGGCAUAUGGUGAUUCACAGAUCUAUCUCCACUGAUCACAUGAUUCCAGCCACUUACAUCUAGUGUAGGGGAGACCAGGGCUUGUUGUCACACUUUUUACACUCUUAUGUGUUUCUUGGAAUCAAUACAUCAUAUAUAAACAAAAUAUGUACCAGAUGAAAGACCAAAGUCUCAGGUUUCAUAUUCAUGUCAUUUUCAUAUCUUGUGUCAGUGCAGAGUUAUAAGCAAUCAAAUAGAGAGUGUGAACAUGUGACAUGUUGCCAAGUCAGGCACAGAAAAUAUUUAUCAUUGAGCCAGAAAAAAACAUUGAACAUAGCUAUUAAAUAAACCUUACUAUAAAAUAUUGUGCAACAUGUUCUGGAGUUUGGAGAGCUGUCUGACUCUGUAUUUUGGCUGGGCUGAAUGUUUUGCAGGUAUGGUAGUUGACAUUAAAGUCCUUUAUUGUAGUCCAGAUUGAUUUAUUAGCUCAGGUCACCUGCCUGACUGCCCUCAGCAUCAUUUCAGGUACUGCACUGACAUGUUCUGUUUUUCUUUUGUAAUUCUUGACCAUGUCUUCUCGCUUUCUCCUCUCCUUUAAACCAGUCUUUUCUCUGUAAAAAUAAAGUCAAAAUUUCAAUAUGACAACUGCUGAUAAGCAGACUCUCUAUGGUAAUUUUAAUCCCUUUAAACAUGUGACAACUAACCCCAAAAUGACUGAGACAUGUUGCCCCAAACUACCAUGUUUGCUAAUUGUAGCUCUGGCUUAAAGUUAACUAAAAACAGAACAAUGACUGAGGUACGACAGGAUGCCUUGAUCUCUCCUCUAAAAGGUCAGCAUGUAUCACUGCUGGGAUUUUUAUCUGGGAGAAGCUUAUUUUAAAAUAUAUAAAAGUAACAUUUUUUACUUUGGGUUGUGUGAAAUGGUUAAUUGGCACUCAUCUCAGCUCACAAUGUGCUCUUCUCUUCUCAGACAGGACACGACCUCUGACCAUGCAAAGGAAUAAAACUUGUAUUUCAAUUUUUAGUUGCGCCCUCUGGUGGCAAAGAUAAUUGCAAUGUGACGACUUACCCUGUGACAACAAACCCCAGUCUCCCCUAGUAUGGUAGCUUCUUAUUGACACAAAAUAUGCAAAUCUUACGUGGCUUAUUCUUAAAUGGGGAAAAUUAACUUCGCCGAUGUGCUGCAAACCCCAAUGAGGUGGUUCAGACUUCCACCACCGGGAAGCCCUGGUGAGUUAUUGCUUCAUAAACAUUUGAAAAACUGCCAAAAAGCAAAAUGCAUUCAUGUCGAGGUUGGAAUUACAACAUACAAUGAAGUAAUACAUCACAUAUCACAGAAGCGAUAUCUUAGAAACACUGAACGAUAACUUAAGGCAUGUAUUCGCUGGAGACUUCAGGCAAAUCACAGGCAAUGUUUGUCUUUUAUAGCCAUACUUGUUUGAUAAUCACUUAUUGUCUGCUCUGAUAUUAAUUAUUUUAUAGCUUUUUACUGUGUUUUUUUGUCUUUAAGCGCUUUGUUCUAAGUCAGUCUGUAUGAACAGUGCUUUUAAAAUAAGAUCUGAUUAGUUGAAUUGAUAUAAAAAAGGUUGUGUGUUAUAUUUCUGAUAUUUUUCAGCCCAAAUACCAACAGUUAGGUUGUUUAUCUACUUCAAAGUGGUAAACGUGCAUACAUUCUUUCUGCCUCGCUGUCAUCUUCAGACAACACUGAGUUCACCAGGGACCAAUUACUUCAAAAACAUACCAAUAUUGAUAUUUAUGUAAGCACCGAGAUGUAAAACAGUACCCUCCUGUAUCGACUGGAGACAAUAUAACGCUGUGAUACCAUGUUGGAUAAGCACAUUGUGGAAAAAACAAUAAACCUACAGUAUAGGAUUAAUGGCUCUACACACAGACAGAAGCCACACUGGCAGCUUGAAGAACAAUUACUAGUUGCCCGUCGGCGGUUCAGAUGUAAAUAAGAGUGGGCUGUUGCCUCAGCUGUCACUGACUAAGCCAGAGAGGGAGAUCUGACUCCAGCAGUGACAGUAAACUGCAAGAAUGUGAACUUGGCAAUUUAUUUCAACUUGUAAGGAGCUCUGACAGCCACAGUUUUCCGAAAUUACAGUGAGAGUGAAAUGCGGCAAAUCAACUUCUUUAAAACAUUUACUGGUAUCAAGUGAGAUUGUAAGUGUUCACUUUGCCAAAGUGCUCUCAGAGAAAAUGUUGAAUUUUCUAACUUGUUGAUCAUCUGUUUAAAAAAAAAUCAAGCCAAAACUCUGAAGAGAUGAAUAUUUGUGCUUACAUUUUUAAGUGCCUAAAGUGCUGACAAUUUAAAAUGCAGAAAAUGUGUUGCCAUUCAGUUCGACAGAAACAUUUUAUAUUUAUCGUAAUUGGUGAGGAUGACUGUCUUCAUUUUUAUCUUGUAAAAACCCUUGUAAAUAGUUUUUCUGAUGAAAAAGGGAUGGGUGGAAUGUGAGGCAAUCAAAUUAUUAAAAUUUUUAUUUUUGCAAAAAUCAAGAGAGAUUUCUGUCAGACUGCGAAGAAAAGAGAGGUUUUCUAGCUUAAGUGCAGUAAGUCACAACAUUCCAAAGCCCAGCUCUUCUAAAAUCAACAUUGUUUUUGGUGAUAGGAGAAACUUUUUAAGUGACGGAGAAGCUGAACCUGAAUAAAAGUGAGAUUGUUUAGGUUGGUGUCUUAGUCAUUGUGAGACAGAAAUGGAUUCUGAAACUAGUAACCAUUUUAUUUUCAAAAAUUAAAGCUCUUUUUUAGAAACUGUUUGUUUCAAUUUUAGAAUCAAUAAUCAAAUAAUCUAUGUUUAUGAUAACAUGUGAGUUUUAAAUACAUAUAUAUGUAUAUAUAUAUAUAUAUAUAUAUAUAUAUAUAUAUAUAUAUGUAUAUAUAUAUGUGUGUAUAUAUAUAUAUAUAUAUAUAUAUAUAUAUAUAUAUUUGUCUCUGACUGGUGUACCUUUUGGAUUUUUGUUUCACUUUAAAAUUUUUGCCUGCAGUUCAUUUAUUGAAGUUUAAAUAGCAGCAAUAUCUGCUUCUGAAAUUGUGGUUUAUAUAUGGUACUAUUCCUCUUUCAGAGCUACAAAUGAUAGCAAAUUUUCUCCGUUUUUAACCAUGUAUUUAUUUCAUAAACUAGACUUUUUUAAAUUAUAAAAAUACUUAGUUGUGUGUUGCUUUACUUUUGGUUGAGUAUGCUAAUUUUCAUGGCAUACUGAGUUACAUUAGUGUGGAUUUUCUCUUUCUGAGUUAAGAUGAAUGUGCGCAGAACAUUAUUAUGUAAUUGGAUCCAUUUAGGAUUAAUGAGUAUUUGAGUAUCUUAUACAUCACAGUGCAUUUUCUUUCACCUUUUCACUUUUUUAAGAUACCAGACACUGCAUACAUGCUUCCAUACAUACAGAGAUGCUAACACAUACACAUACACAGUGCACGCUUCCCGCUGAGUGAAGAUAUUCCCUCCUCACGUUGAAUGGCUGUGAACUUCACCAGAGCUGUUUUAGGCGUGCAUAAAAAAUUCACGAUUCUCUCUUAGCAACAUUUGCCCUACAUACGGCACACACACACGCUCAUGUAUGCAUCACAGCAUUAUUCAUCGCACACAUGUGAGCAGGCAGAAAAAAAAAAAAACACAUAGCAUACACUCUUGAAGUUAUGAGCCUGACUUGGUUAAUAUGUGAGCAGAAAGAAAUCUGAACAGCUUUUUAAAUGGUAAGUAAUGAUGCAGAGCAGCAGAUGUGCUGUGCGUAUCUGCCAAAUCACUCUAUCAGACGUUUUAUCGGUCUUUCCUCACAAACUGGAUGAGCUCUGAUAUAUUGCUUGUUGGGACCUGAUUGGAUCCAUAUAGCAAGUGAUGAAAUUUGCAGCAACUGAUCUAAAUAAAUCACUGACAGGCUGAGAGUUUUCGUGCAUUUCUGUACGUUUGACUGUUCAAACACACUGUGUGGAUUUGUGGUUAUAUUUAUCAAUAGCUGCAAGUAUGUGUGCAUCCAUUUUUUAUUCCCAUUUUUUCCUUUAUCGAGACAGGGAGUGUGGGUAGUUCAGAUUGGGGAACACAUGCAGCUGGAAGUCACACCAGCAAUCUCGAAGAUGAGCACUACAGCCUCUGUGCACAGGACGGACGCUUAAACCCAAGGCCAACCGCCACCCCUAGUGUAUGUGCAUGACGGGGAAAAAAACACAGACAUCUCUGCACACAUCUCCACUGCAGGCAGGUCAACACCUCAGCUCUGCCAUCCAUUUUCAUUAGACGUUAAUGACAGGAGUGGAGGGGUGGAUGGGCCAGAGGGGAGGAGAGAUUGAGAGGGUGAAAAGAUAUAGUUAUGCUCCCAGUGGAACGACUAUCAAACCACUUUCUGCUGUCCUCAACCAUAAAACUCCCUCUGCUCAAGUUACAUAAUCCUUCCUCUACUAUACACCACCAGCACAUUGUCAGAUAUUGAGUAGAUGCUGCUCGAUAUGAACAUUAUUUUCCUGCAGUAAGUUGGUGCUUAAGCAGUCUGAGCAGCAGCAGGAACAGUACAUAAAAGCUGCUUUUCCACUCGAGAAUUAGCCUCAUCUAAGUGUGGGUUGCAACACCUCUGCCAAGUCAUCUUGGUUGAAAAGCAAUCGGGGCUUCAGCUCAUGCUGGCGGAGUCAACAUGUCUACAGACGGAGCUCUUCCAGCUGCAUUUUUUUUAUUUUAUUUAAACCCACUUCAGAAACACGAUUUCUUCCACCCUUCUUUCACCAUGUUCUUUCACUCUGCGGUGUAUCUAGGUCAGUCAGUGAGCGGAGCCAAGCUGUGGCCAUGUGUGGUCAAGUGGUGUGAAGGGAAGCGUUGGAUGAAGUAUGAAACCUCUAUGACUAAACCAACACUUUGGAACAAACACUUUCUUAACUCAGAUCAUUCUUGCAUCCUUAUUUUAAAGACAUUAUAGAAAAACACCAUUUAAGGCAAGACUUGCACAAGCUGGAGAUGUUUGGCUAAUUUGCAUACUUUACUCUUUCCAUGCGUCAUAGCAUGAUGGAACAGCAGGAAGGAGGGAUCAAUAGCAGGAGGAAGGAAGAGACAUCACAUGUAAUUGAAUACCUGGGGAGACAUAGGUCAAUAUGUAGAUGCAACUGUCUUUUAUGCCUCAGCAUAUUUGUUCGAUGUGUUUUAUAAAAAUGGAAAAAUAAGCAGAGAUGUUUUCAUCUUUGUCUUCACGAAAAUGCACUGUAUAAAAAAUGAUAAAACAGUCACUUAUCUGACCUGUAAUCCUAAAUAUCCAGCCUACUUUAUAAGAUCCUCUCAUGUAUCUGGUUGCUGUUUUGCUUCAAGAAGAUCCUACAAUUUUUGAUUUCAAAAAGCAGAAAGCCUUCCUGUUUGCUGCAAGCAUAGCAACAUCUCCUGAAAAUUCUGUCACACACUGGCAACGCUAUCGCCUAACACGCUGCGAGCGCUAUAAAAUACAGUCAAUCUAUGAUAUCAUGCUAAGCAUAUCCUCGGCCUAGUGUGAAGAAGCUGUCGCAGAUGGAAAUGGGUGUAUUCAGUGAAGGGUGAAGAAUAUGAAAUGCAGAAACUCACUCAAAGCUUGAGUCAUCUGUAAGUGAGAUGAGAAUGUAAUCACUUCAUCAGUGCAGGUGUGAGUAAAGUAAAACACAAGUUUCCCAACUGCAAGGUGGUUUCUCCAGUGAGAUUCAGGAGAUUCUUUGAGUGGAAAAAAACAAAUGAAAUCAUAGUCAUGUAGUAAAGACGGCAAAGAUAAAUGAAUUUUACUACAGUUUUACGAGCAGGGUAAAGCUCAUACUCAGGGAGGCCGAAACAGGCUCUGUCUUCUCUGCCCUCUGCUUUUCCCUCGUGUAAAUAGGAGAGUUGAGGGUGGUGGAGUGUACAGCCUAAUUUGGCAGGGGUGAGUCCUAACCCAAACAAACUCCUCACACUGGCCCUGCCUCUUUUUCAACCAUUUCUCCAUGCUUUUCUUUCUGAUUUUUUUCUAUUCUUCUCUGUUUUGGUGUGUGGGUAUGGUGAGAGGCGAGCGCAAUUAUGGAGGAGGAUGGUGCAAGAUUCAAGAAAACUUUGUCAGUCACUCAGUGACAGAAAAUUACCUUUGUUAUGGGCUCAAACAUCAUGAAAAUUACACUCAACUCAGACCCUUAAAGUUCCCAGAUGCUAGAGAUGCUAAAAUUCCUAUAAGGAACAUCAACUGGACCUUAAGCCGAAGAGUAAACAAAUGUAACAUUCCCUGCAGAUUAUUUCAGUAAUCUGUUUGAUGUUUGAAGCAGUACUGGAUUAAGGUGUCUCGGUGUUUGGCCGUUGUACUCCCCUCCCUUUCUCAAUUCCUCUAAUGUAGUUAGAGAUUUAACAGUGAAGGAGUACACCCCCCGGCCAUGUAAUAAACGACUGCUUUGCCUCCAUUAAAAACCAACAUGACAGCGAAUGGUUUUACAGGAAAAUGUGUGCAUGCCUGUCAGGGAUUCUCAUAAGUGUGCAUGUGUUUAAGUAUGCUCUCACUCCACUUGCAUGUCAUGCCUAUUGUGUGUGAAAAAAAAAUAUACGUUCCUUGCAUGCUCUCACCCAGCUGAUGUUGCAUUACAGCCCUAAAUCAAGCAUGGCGCGGGAACACCGUCUUGCUAUUAGUGUGAGCAAUUUUCAUUUCGCAGCUCAUCGUCAAGUAAAUUAAUGCAAGAGAUUUCAACACACACUGGCACUCACAAACACCGACACGUGCGGACUAAAAAUAGCAGCACCAGCCUUACCUUUCUGUACACUAUCAUGUUGGGGGACUCGUCCGCUACCCCGUUGGUGCCCUGCCCGCCACUAUUGGUCUGUGCCAUGAUCCAGAGACUUUAUCUGCCACAGGAAAUGUCAGGUGCUCCUGUUUGUGGAGAGAGAAAAAAAAGAUGAUAUUUGGGUCCAGCAGGAGAACAAUAGAGGCCUGGAUGUGACUCUUUACCUUGCCAAUUUACAUAAGUUGUGGUCUGCGGUAUGCUUUUGACAGAACUCAUGUUUGGUUACAUGUGUAAACAUUUCAUAAGGUCUUGGCGAGGACAUUCUCCAAAAAAUAGACAUUUUUUGUACAAGGUUUGGUCACCGGUACGAUUACCAGCGAGCGGGCAAAAGUUCAACUUGAAAGAGACUACAAUCCCCUUGUUCCCUGAUGGAUUUAUUGUGCACAAAAAUCAAUGCCUGCAACAGUGAUAACCUUUUACUGUUUGUUGACAUCAGAGGAUGCAGAAGCAAUCCUUACACCGCACCUAAAUGUAUCAUGAGGCUGCAAAGGGGAAGAUAAGGUGAGCUGGAGAAGACCCCGGACCCUGACAACGGUACAGAUGCAGUAAAACAACACACCGUCUCAAGAGGAGGAGGGAAAGCUAUACUCUACAAUGCAGCUUAGAAACAGAGGAGCCAUAGUCAGACCGUGCUGCUGGAAGAAAUACCGUAAUGCACGUUGCAGCUUCAUCCUUUUUUUUCCACGACAGCAACACGACAUCUUUGAGAGGUUUUAGUCUGCAACGCUAAAUAGCCCAUAGCAUGCAAACAGCGGAGUCAUGCAACCUGCUCCUAACAUGAGGACGCUAGCUCUACUACACAGGCACUGUGUUUUUUUUCUCCUCUCUUACCACGAGCCACUGCCCGUUUCAGCACCUUGGACAGCUACUGCAAGAAAAAAAAAAAAAAGCGCACGCACCCGCCACUAUCCCCCCUUUUUAUCAUUUAAAAUCACGAUUAAUACUCAGACAACAAAUCGGUCACAGGAGGAGAAGGAGGCGAAGAAGGAGGGGAAGGAGGGGGAGAGGACGGCUCACCUGAAAAAUCGGGCAGCCCGCGGUAGGACUCCUGAAUCCGUGCAGAGGUGGAAGCCUGGUCCGUAACGUUCAGUGGGUCAAGUGGCAGACAUAGGAAUGCGAGGAUUGUUCAUUGGCAGCGUGCUAAGGCAGUCAUUCGGUGGACUCUUGGUGUGGUUACAGCUCUCUCCGUCUCUCUCUCCUCCUCUCCUCUCCUCCAAACGGUGCUCAGAAGCAACGAGCGCGCCGCCACGGAGCGCCGUGAACGCGCAUCGAUCGGUGACCAAUAGCGCGUUGAGAAUAAAUUACAACCCGUUUUAGAAAUCAACCGCAUUUUCUCCUUUGUACUUUAAACACCAAUCACGCUUUAGCUACAUUAAUACACUGGAUCUUAAAGUAAAGUCAGAUAAGACAGGACUGGCAGGAUAUUGUUGUUUUUUUUUUGUUUGUUUUUUUUCAAUCAAAUUUUUUUUUUUUUUUUUUUUACCAAAGGUCAGAGAGGGACAUAAAUGUAGGGCAGAUUUCGUGGCACUUUUUAAAAACCAGAAGGAAAUAAUCACCCUGACUUUCUGCUGUCAUCACCAUUCAUUCAUUCAAGUCAGUUAGAUUCAAAUGUGUAAUCAAUAAUGCUUAAUCAGGAAGUGUUUUGUUCAUUACUUAAAGCUACUGUGGGGACUUUUUGUCAUGGUUAUGAAACAGACUGAAAGAAACAGUAGGGGAGACCGGAGCUUGUUGUCGCAUGGGUAUGUUGUCACAUCGCAAUUAUCUUUGCCACCAGAGGGCGCCACUAAAAAUUGAAAUACUAAUUUAAUUCCUUUACAUGGUCAGGCAGUGUUUCCUCUAGAAUUUUUUUCAGCAUGUGUGUGUGUGUGUGUGUGUUCUGGGGGGUCGUUGUUACCCCCACUCUCUUACCACUCCAGGAGCUACGCUGUUACAUUCACGUUACAUUACCCGCGCUACUCUCUAUACAGACCAUGUAUGAGCUUCACAUUGGUGGGAGAGGGUCCGCCAGGAUUUGAUGUGCUCGUUGAUGACUCAAAACAAGUCGAGUAGAAGUGCAAGUAGAAAUCAUUAGUGGCGCAUUGAUAAUAAUGCUACUAAUGCUAUUAAUGGUACUCGCUUUGUAGACCAUGUGUAAGCUUGAACAUUACCUUUCACGUUGAUAGAAGAGGGUCCAACAGGAUUUGAUGCACUCCUUGAUGACUCACAACAAAUCGGAAAUAACGUUGUGUGUUGUUGUGCUCACACAGUACGAGUAGACUCAUUAGUGGCGCAUUGAUAUUAAUGAUCACGUGAAAUUUCAGUAGCGGUGCAUCUUAUUUAGCAGUGACAGUGCGCCACUGCUAAAUGAAUGUAGUGGAAACACUGCUGAUACAUAUGAGUCCGAGGUAGAACUAUGUCCAUAUAACUACAUGUAUGCAAAGUUUUAAAUCACAAGGUAAAUUUAUGUUGUCAUAAUCUUACGUCCCCAUCUCCGUGGUUUUCAGAAGUUUGCUCUUCUUUCCAUGUUCACAUCGUAGUCUCAAGUUUUGAGUCACUUCAGGGUAACCGUGGAGUAACUUACACCUUGAGAUCUGUUGCACAUACUGUGUUUUGUGUUUAAAAUGACUUGUAGAGAGGAUUUUAGAUUUUAGAGGACUGUUUUCAAUGCAAUAAAAACUUUCAUGUUCCUGUUUAAAUAGCUCUUGCAAUUUUUUAUUUAUUUAUUUGUUUUUUGACGAUGCUGUUGAUCAAGCCAGGAGUAGCUGACACUAGAGAGGAAACUGAGAAAGCGAAGAUGAGACCCAUGCCACUGUAACAGCAAUAUAUGACCUGAUAGUGAAAGAGGAGAAGCUUAUUAUGAUAUAUUUAAAUAACAAAUUCUGCAUGUCAGGUGUUCAGAAAAGUCAAACAAACAUCACAAGCUGUGUACUUUGUGUAGUUUUACAACAUUCACAAGCUUACUGACAUUGUGACCUUUUUGUUGUCGUUGUUUUUUGUUGUUGUUGAAAGGGACCUGUUUUUUUUGUUGUUGAAAGGAACCUGUUCCCAGCAAACCCUGCUCAGGUAUGCUUUCAGCAGAUGUGCUCUCAUUGAAGUGUACUCGUCUACAAAUUGUUUGUGUUUGUUAUUUCCCUGCUGCAGUUAUCAAAUGAACUCCAGUUUGUGUUUUUUGUAUUUAUAGUUCAAGGCUGAAGUGGUGGUGUUUGUGGCAAAGGUAGAAAAUUCAAGCAUGGUAACAGGAAAAAUUAAAAUUUAAGUAUGGUCCUGUCGCAAUGAAAAUGGAUUUGCUAAGUGAACAUUUAAAAUGUUUUCUUAACACCUGCUGUUUCUCUAGGACUAUCAUGACUUAUGGGUUUCUGCUCUUGUUCCAGAAUAAGACACACAUGAAAUUCGUUCAUGGUUAUGUUGACGGAACCAACAUCUUGGACCUGAUCACCUGGUCUGUUUUGAUUAGCCUGGCCCUCAAUAGUAUUGGAGGACAAGGGGAAAACUUGGUCAACACUUUAAGUGCCAUCAAUGAGUCCACAAAAUCUUUCUUCAGCCUGAUACUCUGGUAAGUGAAACAGCACACCAUACAAUUUGCAAUUCUGUUUUUUUAAGAAGCUAAGUGAAGGUCAAGUGUCUCAUUUUGGAUUCACUUCUGUUAUAAAUUUAUCUAAAUUCUCUAUAUUAAGUAGAAAUAAAAAUCAAUCAAAAGGGAAAGGGUAUAUUUCUGUGUAUUGUAGAAUGGUGAAAAACCCUUACUGUCUCCCUGUUUACUUUACUUUUAAGACGUUAACUUCACUUAAAAGCUCAGGGAAGACUGAUGACAAUUGCAUUUGAGGUCCUGACCUGUUUAUUAUAUUAAUAUGUUUAUUUUAUUUGAGCCAGAUAAACCAGAUAAGAACGAAAAAGUUAAAACAGUUAAAAAACUGUUCUCUUACUUGGUCUCAUUAUGGGCAUGUGUCAGUUCUGAUUUUUUUUUCCCCCUUACAUUUUUUGCUGUUUUCUUCAACAACCAAAAAUAUCAUUCACUGAGAGUCAUUGCUGUGGAAAGUGUCAAAAGAGGUAAAUUUAGCAGCAUGCAGUUGAUCAAAUCACGUGACACCUACCACAUGGUAGAAGAUUCAGGCAUAUAAAAAUAACAACUCAUGUGAAAACCAUCUGUUUAGAUCUAACUUUCUACAAUAAUUUAGACAGAAUCGACCUUGUGGCUGAUAGUCUUUUCAGUUUAUAGAGGUCAGACCUGUCUACCAUGUUUCAUAACCAGCCAAAAUCUCUCCACUGGAGUUUUAAGCAUCCAUUAUGGUCAUUCGCUGCAUUCACGUGCAAAUUAAGAUUAAAAGACAAAUGUAGCAAGAAAAGUAAUCUCAGUGUUUCUCGGUUGUUGCUAUGCACUGUUCAAUUAAAUGGCAUCACUUUAGUGAGAAAGCAGAGAGCAACACUACUGAGAAAUAAUUAAAUAAGCCACAACACCUCAUAAGAAUCUUUCCAACAGACUAAAUGAAUUUCAUUAAUAUAUUAUUUGGGGUAUACAGCGGGCUGACAAUUUAAUUUUCCACCAUUAUAAGAUGGUGGUGGUCAGUGGUGUCAUGCAGGUAUUUUUUUUUAACUAUGCCGAACACUGGCUGCUAAUGUAAGAGAACAUGAUGUAGUACAUCCAUUGCUGCAUAAAUAAAUAAAUGAAUAAUUAGAAAUUCUCUGCAUUUACUGCAAUCUGUGGUUGUGAGAUAUGCAGCCAUCCAGGCGUGAAAGAUAGCAGAUGUGCCCCCUCUCUUUAUGAACACUAUGCAUCUGUAUGUUCAUCUUCCUCCUGUCUUCACCUCCUCUCCCUCUCUCUGCUCUCUGCAGUGUGCAACCAAGCAUCCAGACCAACAACACAACAUGUAAAACCACCAACAUUUUAAGCAUUAAAAAACAAAGAUCUUACGAAUAUAUCUGGACAUCUGAGGGGUAAUUCUCCACUAGUGGUCCAGACAUCUGUAUUAUCCAGGUUUAUCUCACUAAAAAAUAAGAGUGUAUUCAAUCUGUUUUAGGAAGUCUAUGUGAAUUCCGCUUGCACACAGAUGCCAUAGUGCAGACUCGGCUGCUGGGGUCGGACAGUGGAUAAUGAUGUUAUUCCGUCAUGCUGUAACAGAGAGCAAAAUACAUUAUAUCUCAGCUUGGUUUGGUAAUGUAUCAUCUAAUUUAAAAUCCCACACAAACAGACGGAC